AUGCAUGAUAUGUUGGAAGGUGCUCUUAAAUUUGAUAUUGGUUUGAUUCUAAAACAAAUGAUUUUUAGUUUCAAUUACUUUUCUAUGGAAACGUUAAAUAAUCGAAUUGAAUCAUUUAAUUAUGGAUCUUUAGAUAUUCGUAGUAGGCCCACAAUGUUAUCCUAUGAAAACCUUCGGCGUCAGGGAUUAAUCAAAAUGUCAGCAUCAGAAAUGCUAUGUUUUACAAGAUAUUUAGGAUUAAUUAUUGGGGAUCUUAUUCCUGAAGACUCAGAUUUAUGGGAAUUAUACAAAAUACUAAGGAAAAUUUUAGACAUUAUCUUAUGCAAAUCUGUUAGAUUGCCUGACUCAGUUCUUCUUAAAACACUCAUUUCUGAACAUCACACAUUAUAUUUAAGAUUAUUUCGCUCUAAUCUCAAACCCAAACACCAUCAUAUGGUUCAUUAUCCAUUUAUAAUUAAUAAAUCUGGACCACUGUCCCUUUUCUGGUCAAUGCGCUUUGAAGCCAAGCACAAAGAGCUCAAAGACACUGCUCAUGCAAUUACUUCACGGAAAAAUAUUCAAUAUACAUUAUCUCUAAAACAUCAGUUAAAACUCUCAUAUAAUUUUUCAUCUUCUAAUGCUCAUUUUUAUACAAAAAACAUGGAAGUUGGACGGAUUUUAAAGAUAAAUGAGUUAACAUCACAGUUCUACAAUAACUGUGAUAUUAGCUUUGUAACUACUAAUUUUGAUUUCUCUAAUGAUAAUAUAGCAUUUAUUUCUUGGGUAAAAAUAAAAAAUAUUCUAUUUAAUUGUAACAAUAUGUGUAUAGUUGUAAAUGCUAAUGAAAUUGAAAAUAUGUUACCAUUGUUUGGACUGAUAAAACAUAUAUUUAUUACAGAUGUUAACCUACCAUUUGCAAUAUGUAAAUUAUUUCAAACAAAUUAUUUUGAUGAACAUUAUCAGGCAUUUAAUGUUACUCUUAAAGCUAAAUAUAUUUGCAUCUUUUUGGAACAAUGUUAUCAGAGGUCACAUGAAGUCCAUGUAUCAGGCUCAGAUUUAAUUUUUAUUUCUUUAUAA